AUGCAUUCAAUAUCAUUAUCAUCGAAUAAAUUAAAUUCAACAAUGAAGAUUCUUAUUGACUCAAAACAAUAUAAAAAAGCUUUAAAUCUUUUCAACAAACAAUCUAAUGAAUCAACUGAUUUUACAAAAAACAUGGCAAUUAAAGCUUGUACUAAACUACGUGAUUAUCAAACAGGAUUUAAGAUUCUAGAAGAACUUUCACCAACAUCACGUAAUGAUCCAUAUAUUCAAACAUCAUCAAUUCAUUUAUAUAUGCAAUGUCAUAAAAUUGAUCAUGCUUAUAACUUAUUUUUGAAAGCUACUAACAAAUCAGAUGCAUUAUAUUCAGCUAUGUUUCAAGCAGGUCUAAUUACUAAUAAAAUGCCGGAAAAAGUGUUGGAUUUAUUUAAUGAAAUGACAACUCAACCUGGUCCUUUUGCAAUCACUGCUUUAUUUAAUGCUUGUGCACAACUUUCAAAUCAGAGAGCAAAAACUAUUGGCAAAAAAACUCUUCAACAGCUAUUGAACAAUGAUCAAUCUGAUAAUAUUCUAUUAAAUUCAGCAAUAUUUAUGUUGAUGAAGUUCGGCGAUGUUAAAUAUGCUGAAGUUGUUUUUGAUAUGAUGGAAAAAAAAGAUAUUUAUGGUUUUGGUGCAAUGAUAAAAGGAUAUCAAGAAAAUCAAGAGUAUGAAAAAGUCUUGGAUUUAUAUGAAAAGAUGAAUUUCAAAGGAAAUAAUAUCAUUCAUACGAUUGUGUUUAACACUUGUGCUGAACUUUCACAUGAUCGAUCAAAAGCUGCUGGAAAAAAACUUCUUAAAAUGAUUCUCGAUAAUGGUCAAUAUGACAACCUUGUACUUAAUUCAGCGAUACGAAUGUUGAUGAAAUUUGGAGAUGUUAAUGAAGCUGAACGUAUUUUUUAUUUGAUCAAAGAAAAAGAUACUUAUAGUUUUAGUGCAAUGAUAAAAGGAUAUAUGAAAAAUGAAGAACAUGAAAAAGCUUUAGAUUUAUAUGAACAGAUGAGUUCUGAAUCAAACGAUGUAACUUAUACGAUUGUAUUUAACACUUGUGCUCAGCUUGCAAAUGAUCGAGCCAAAAAAACUGGAAAAAAUCUUCUUAAACAGAUUCUUGCCAAUGGUGAUCAGUAUGAUGAUGUUCUAUUAGCUUCAGCUACAGGAAUGUUAAUGAAAUUUGGCGAUGUGGAGAAUGCUGAACAUAUUUUUCGAUUAAUUCGAAAUAAAAAUAUUAUUACUUAUAUUAAUGCUUAUGGACUUAAUGGAAUGGGAUAUGAAGCUGUUGAACUAUAUAAACGAAUUCCAAACGAUGAAAGAGAUGAAAUUUCACAUAUAUGUGUUUUAAAUGCUUGUUCUCAUUCUGGCCUUCUUGAUGAAGCUCAUAAUAUCUUCAAUCGAAUUCAUACUAAAACAGAAAAGAUUAUAACAACUAUGGUUGACUGUUUGAGUCGUUUGUUUUUAUUUGAUGAAGCACAAAGUUUGAUUGAUAAUUAUGAAAAGAUGAAUCCACCAAGUAUUAUUAUGUAUAUGGCUAUGCUAUCCGGUGCACGUAACCAUCGUAAUCGUCAAUUAGCUGAAAAGAUAUAUGAUCGUAUGAAAUCUGUCUUUCCUGGUGAAAAACAAUCUCUUCUAUCCGGUGCAAUUCUUCUCUCAAAUAUAUAUUCUUCAUUCGGUGAAUAUGAACUGGCAAUGGAUAUUCGAUCUAAACAAAAAAAUGAAUUAGGAAUAAACAUCAAAGUCGGAGUAACAUGGACAAUGGCCAAUGGUGAAUUAGUGGAAUUUAAAGCUCAUGAUAUGUCUCAUCCACGAUCAUCAGAGAUCUAUGCUGAACUUGAUCGUUUAGCAUUAUUAUUACUUAAGCAUGGUCAUACGUUUGAUUCAAGUUGGAUAACUCGUAAACUUGAUACAUAUGAAAGUAUUCAAUCGGUUUUAUGUGGUCAUAGUGAAAAAUUAGCCAUUGCUUUUAAUUUAAUUCAACGACCUAUACCAUCAACCAUUCAAAUUACAAAAAAUCUUCGUAUAUGUGGUGAUUGUCAAAAAUUAAUGUAUUUUCUUGAUUGGGAUACAUUACUUUAUCGUUCAGAUCAACCAGAAGAAUUUCAACAAUUACAAAUUAAACAUUGA